AAAAGCAAGAAAUUGUCUAGAAACGGGUCACUAUUAUUCUCUCUUUUCUUCUCUUCCCUCCAAAUCCAAACCUUCCCUUUCCUCUUUCUUGGGAACAUCAAAUUCUACAAACCUUUUUUUUUUUUUUAACAAGAAAUUGUUGGCUUUUUUCCUUCUCUUCUGAACGGUACUGUGAAGUUUAUUUCACACUUUUUCUUUUUAUGUGUUGCUUUUGUACUUCAAGUGUUAAAGUUAUCAUCUUUGCAAUUUUUACUUAAAUCGGUCUAGUCCAAGAACCCAUUUUUUCAUUUGGGAGUUGUUUUUUUUUUUUUUGAACAAGCAAUUGUUGGUUUUUUUUCUUUUUCUUUUUACCUUCUCUUCUGGACUGUACUGUGAAGUUUGUUUCACACUUUUUCUUUUUAUGUGUUGCUUUUGUACUUCAAAGUGUUAAAGUUGUCAUCUUUGCCAUUUUCACUUUAAUUGGUCCAGUCUAAGAACCUAUUUUUGCUCUUUCCAUUAAGUUUUCUAUUUCAGUUUGGUGUAUAUUCUUGUAUACCAAUGAGCAAUAAUGUUAUCUUUUGUUGCAUUUCUUCCUAAAUUUGUCAAGUCCAAGAACCCAUUUUGCUCUUUGCAUUAAGCUUUGAUUUGGGAAUAUUUCUUUUUCAAUCACUGUGUUAUUUUUCUUGUAUGAUACAGUUAUCACCUUUUUGCUAUUUUUGCGUAAGUUUUUCAAGUUCAAGACUUGAUUUUGUUCUUUGAAUUGAACUUGUAUCUGGGAUUUUUUUUUUAAACCUUUUUCACAAUUUUGGGUUCUUGAAAAUGGCGGAAGCUUCUUCAAAUGUUCGAUUGGUUCGUUGUCCUAAGUGUGGAAAUCUUCUCCCUGAGCUGCAUGAUUUUUCUGUUUACCAAUGUGGUGGUUGUGGUACUGUUCUCAGAGCAAAAAAUAAGGGGAUUUUGGAUGAUGGCUUGUCUGAGGUAUCAGAUGGUGAAAAGAUUAGAGCAGUUCCUGAUAGAGGAGACGUUGCUAUGACUGUAGAUACUGUUUCUGAUUUUGAUGAGGAACGUAGUGAAUUUCAACAGGGUAGGCUGACAGAAGGGAGAAGUCAUAAUGGAAGAAUGGUUUCACAUCGUCGGGUCAUUUCAGGAUCCAAUGAUAAGGAAGUUUUGGAUGAUUUUGAUAAAGCCAGAGAGGGUGAACCAAGUUUAAUUAAGUCGAGGUUAGAUACUAGGUUUAGAAGAGAUAACUAUUAUGAUGACAAGGAAUGUAGUACUUCUAAAGGCAAGAGGGAUCAUAGUAUUGGGGUGGAUAAUUACUGGGGAAAGAUUAAUACUGUUGAAUCUGUCGGUCUCGGUGUUAGCAACGGGCUUAAAAAGGUAAGGCCUUUGAUGGAUUCACUAGGUUCAGGACCACCUAUGGACAGUCGGUACAUGGAUAGAUCUUAUGCGAAUGGUCCUAAUGAAGGGCCUUUAGAAAAUGACAUGGGUUCUUACUAUGGCUCUGUUAACCAUAGGAGGUACAAUGGUGGUUUGGAUGGGGUAGCUGGAGUUCCAGACUUGGAGAGCAAUAGAGCCGAGCUCUUAAGGAAGAUCAAUGAAUUAAAGGACCAACUUAGCCGAACUUGUGAUGUUUCUGAGAAACCUAAGGAUUGGGUUCCUGUUGAUGGAAGGAUCGCUUCAACAUCCAUUGAUCCUUCUAGCAGGUAUGAUGUGCAUAACCAGGGGUAUUAUGGUCCAUCUAAGAAUAUUCAAGAGCGUCCAUACACAUAUGGACAUCAAGGAAAUGUUCCUUAUAAUGGUGCACGUGGUUCAAUGAUGCCAGACUCUUAUCCUUCAAACAACUUUUCACAUGAAUUUCUUGGAUAUGGACUGGAAUAUCGCCAGCAAAUGCUCAGAAAGCCUCCCCGUCAGAUGCCGUAUCAGCAUUUUACCCCAACAUACCCUGAACAUCAUCCUGGGCAUCAUGCGGAUAACUUCUUCAUACCACAUCCGCAUGAAGCCCUUUACCACCAAUCUUCAUGCUCUUGUUCACAUUGCUUGAACCGAAAUUAUCAUGUUCCUCCCGUGAUUCAACCCUCCGGUUUUGGCACCCGAAGGUCACGAAACGGCCCUGCUAAUCCCAUUCUACAUCAGCACAUGAACUCUGUGGGUUAUCAUGAAGGGCGGCGGCUUACUAGAAGUCAUAGUGACUUGGAGUCAGAAAAUGGUGGCCUUGGUAAUCAGCGUUAUCCGAGAAGAGUGGUUGUUGCCCAUAGAGUUGGACGUGUAUAUCAACCUAUAGCAGGUGGGGCACCUUUCGUUACGUGCUGUGGUUGCUUUGAGCUGCUGAAGCUGCCUAAGAAACUAAUGAUAACAGGAAAGAGCGAGAAGAAAAUGAGAUGUGGAUCCUGUUCGUCCAUAAUUAUAUUCCAACUCGGUAGCAAAGAGUCAGGUGCAUCCGUUCCUACAGUAGUGAAACAACUGUCUGCAAAUGAGAAUCUUGAAAAUGCUAAUGGUGGUUUUACGAAUGAUGAGAUGAGCCCUUGGUCUGAUGAUUAUGAUAACUCUAACUACCAUUUCACCGAUACUAAGCUCGAGUCACCUUCCAGGAGUCAGAAAUCAAAUUCCACUGAAGCUGAGAAGGGGCAUAAUGGUCAUUUCUCAUCGUCUAGUCUUUCUGAAGAUGAGCUAAGUCCAGAGAGUCCAACUGAAAUGCCCCUAGAAGAUGAUCCUCUACCGCUUCUAGAUUCUUCUCAAAACGACCAUGCUUAUAGUGUUUCUCCCAAAGACGUGGUGGAAAAAUACAGGAAGGAGGAGGACAUGAAGGAAAACAGAAGUACCUCUAGGCAGAAUUCUAUUAAAGAUUUAUCUAUGGCAGUGGAAAUGGAGACGAACGGAUUUGUACAUAGUGCUGUGUCUGUGGAAUCGAUUCAAUCAAGCAAAGAGGAAAAUUUAUCAAAAAGUUACAAGGGUGGUGAUUCUUUUAUGGGCUUUAUAAAAAGGAGCCUUGGAGAAUUAUCAAGAUCUCAUCAAAGUUCAGAGAACGUACGAGCAAAUGUGUUUGUGAAUGGCAGACCGAUACCAGAUCGCAUUGUUAAGAAGGCAGAGAAGUUAGCUGGGCCCAUUCAGCCAGGAGAUUACUGGUAUGACUACCGAGCGGGCUUUUGGGGAGUGAUGGGCCAUCCCUGCCUUGGCGUCAUUCUGCCAAAAAUAGAAGAAUUUAACUAUCCAAUCCCAAAAGAUUGUGCUGCUGGGAAUACAGGGAUCUACGUGAAUGGACGCGAGCUCCAUCAGAAAGAUUUAGAUCUACUUGAGAGCAGAGGUCUUCCUAUCACAAAAAAUAAGUCUUAUUUCAUUGAGAUCUCGGGAAGCGUUAUCGAUGAACACACUGGUGAAGAACUUGACGGCCUUGGCAAACUUGCCCCAACGGUUGAAAAAGUAAAGCAUGGAUUUGGUAUGAAAGUCCCAAAAGCAAUUGCAGAUCAAUAUGUUUAAUUGAAGGUGCUUGCUUCAGUUGCUUUCGAUCACCGAAAAGAUAAAUGUUUUCUUCUUUGGUAUGUAAACCUGAAGUGAAUUAGAUAUGAAGCCUGUGUAACUAGAAUCUGUAGAUUUCUUGUAGUAGAAAAUGUCAUGUUAUUUGGUGACAAAACUUAGAUAAUGUAAUUAUUUAUUGAUUUAUCUUCUUUAAUGUAGCCUCUCAUCAAUUGUACUGAAUCUCACUUACUGUUCACUUC